AUGGCAUCUGCCAAAAGUACCUUGUCGCACGCCGCGGGGCUGGAAGACAAGUCGAAACGAUCCUUCAACGUCAUACACCCUCCACCGAGUCCCACGAGGACGCCCGGCGGUUCUGUCGCUCCCUAUGAGACCGAAAACAAUAAUGCCGCCGGAAAUUCGCGUCCUUUACCCCAAAACACAUUUCGUGUAGGCGUGUCGGAAGAUAAGAACAGGCGCUGCAGGCGGACAAUGGAAGACACCCAUUCCUAUCUCUACAACUUCCUGCCCCCUGCCCCGCCGGCUUGCAUGCUGAACUCGAAUUUGUGUUCGGAUACCGAUAAGACUGCCAUAUAUUCCAGCCUAGACGAAAAUGCUGCUGGUGAAUCGGACAAUGGAUAUUUCGCAGUUUUCGACGGCCACGCCGGGACUUUCGCAGCGGAUUGGUGCGGGAAGAAGUUACACCACUUGCUCGAGGACAGUAUUCGGAGGAAUAAGGACAACAAGUCGAUGCCUGAGUUGCUGGAUCAAACCUUUAUGAAUGUGGAUAAGGAGCUGAAGGACCUUCCCGUUAAGAACAGUGGCUGCACGGCUGUUUGCGCCGUCCUGAAGUGGGAAGACCGAACUGUCGACUCAGGUUCGGACUCUGCAGGAGACCAAUCCCCAAGCUCGAAGAAGCACCCUGCUGAGAAGAAACCCACAAAACGUGUUCGAAUGCUGUAUACUGCCAAUGUUGGAGAUGCAAGAAUUGUUUUGUGUCGCUCGGGCAAGGCUCUGCGACUUAGCUACGACCACAAGGGUAGUGAUGAAAAUGAGGGCAAGAGAGUAGCGAAUGCCGGCGGCCUUAUUCUCAAUAAUCGAGUGAAUGGGGUUCUCGCUGUCACAAGAGCAUUAGGGGACUCAUACAUCAAAGAGCUGGUGACUGGCCACCCAUAUACCACCGAAACUGUCAUUCAGCCUGAUCUCGACGAGUUCAUUAUCCUAGCAUGCGAUGGGUUAUGGGAUGUCUGCUCAGACCAAGAAGCCGUCGACCUCAUCCGAACCGUCCAGGACCCUCAGGACGCCUCUAAAGCACUCGUUGAUCACGCCCUUGCUAGGUUCUCGACUGACAAUUUGAGUUGCAUGAUCGUUCGGUUCGAGAAGCCCAAGGAGCUUAACACUGUUGCUGGCGUUGGUCUCGGGAUUCUCCCAGAGAAGAACGCAUCUGAGAGCGCCCUCGUUGACGAGGAUGUCGUUAUGGACGAUGCUGCCGAGAAGAAGGCGACUCCACCAAAGACCGAGGAGGCGAAGUGA